AUGAAGUACAUUCAUUCACAGGAGUCCCUUGACAUCCCCGAGGGUGUCAAGGUCAGCAUCAAGACCCGCGUCAUCACUGUCGAGGGCCCCCGAGGCAAGCUCGUCAGGGAUCUUUCCCACCUGGCCGUCGUCUUCGGCCAGCCCAAGAAGAACACCAUCUCCAUUGAGAUCCACCACGGCAACCGCAAGAAUGUCGCCGCUCUCCGCACCGUCCGCUCGAUCAUCAACAACAUGAUCGUCGGUGUCACCAAGGGCUUCAAGUACAAGAUGCGCUACGUCUACGCCCAUUUCCCCAUCAACGUCAUCCUGGACAAGAAGGCCGAGAGCGGUCUCUGGGAGGUCGAGAUCCGUAACUUCAUUGGCGAGAAGUACGUCCGCCGGGUCGUUAUGCAGACCGGUGUCGACGUCGAGGUCUCCAAGAACCAGAAGGACGAGCUUGUCCUGACCGGCAACUCGCUCGAGAACGUCUCGCAAAGCGCUGCCGACAUCCAGCAGGCCUGCCGUGUGCGCAACAAGGAUAUCCGAAAGUUCCUGGAUGGACUGUACGUGUCCGAGAAGGGUCACAUCGUGGAGGACAACUAG